AUGAGUUGCACUUAUCAUAUCCAUAAUCAAGUAUAAUUCAUUUGUAUAGCUUCACAUAAAUGCUAAUAUUAGCGAAAACUCUGUUAAGAUUGUAUAUAUGACCAUGAAGGGGAUAACAAACAAACGAUCCCAAUUAAAAGAUUUUAAGAAAUGGCUCGGAAGAAAAUACAAGAUUCAAGCAUGAACGAUCCAUAUAUUGCUAAAUAGAAAGUUGCAUUUAAAUCAAUGAUCUCACAAACUGAAAACAUGUUGAAGAUAAUUUGGCUGGAAUUAUCAGAAGAAAUCAAAUAAAUUUAUGAUCAGAUUGAUUUGGAAAACUAUAACUACAAAAACCUUGUCAAUGACAAUUUAGCAGAAUUAUCUUAUACUGACAUUGAAAACUUAGUCUAAAUUUUUAAUGGAACAACAUAAAAUUUAUAGAGCGAUGAGAAAAAUUAAAAGAUCAUGGAAUUGGAAAAAAAUAAGAAAAGAUGGGAGGAAGAAGUUUAGGCUUUUGUUGAAAAGACUGAUGAAAUAAUAAAAAAAUUAAAAUCUUUAAAUAAAUAAUAAAUUUAAGUUAAAUAAAAAUAACAAGAGAAAGGGAAACAAAUUAAAGUAACUAGGGUAGAUUGGAAGGAAGGAGUCAAGGAAUUAAGAAAGUUAGAAGGUCAUAAUGAUUGUAUCAACUCAAUAUGCUUCUCACCAGAUGGAACUACUUUAGCAUCUGGUAGUGAUGAUAACUCAAUCAGAUUAUGGGAUGUUAAAACUGGAUAAUAAAAAGCCAAAUUAAAUGGUCAUAGCGAUUAUGUCCUAUCAGUAUGCUUUUUACCAGAUGGAACUACUUUAGCAUCUGGUAGUGUUGAUAACUCAAUCAGAUUAUGGGAUGUUAAAACAGGAUAAUAAAAAGCCUUAUUAGAUGGUCAUAGUAAUACUGUCUUCUCAGUAUGUUUAUCAUCAGAUGGAACUACUUUAGCAUCUGGUAGCGGUGAUAACUCAAUCAGAUUAUGGGAUGUUAAAACUAGAUAAUAAAAAGCC